ACUCCGUCGCGUUUGGUUUACUUACGGUAGAACUCCUUUUCCUUUCAAUUGGGAAACAAAAGCAUUAUUCCAACAGAAUUAUUCCUUCUAAUAAAAUAAAAUUCCUUUCCGCCGAUUGCCCCACUCCCUUUCCUUUACUUCUUCCUUAUAGUUCCCUGAGUUGCGAUCCGGCUUUCAGAUUCUACGGAUUGAAGCUUAAGUUAUAUUGUUUGAUCCCUUCCUCUGAACUAUUUAUUUAGUCAUAUAAGCUUACAACAUGGCGUCAACGGAGGGGCUGAUGCCAAUAACAAGAGCUUUUUUGGCUUCUUAUUAUGAUAAGUACCCAUUUACCCCUCUCUCUGAAGAUGUUUCUCGUCUUUCUGAUGAAAUUUAUUCAAUGGCUAAUGAUCUGCAUGAGGGUUCUCCUUUGACCGAAGGAGAAAGUUCAUUAGUCCGUGAAGCAGAAAGGCCCCCUCCUCACAAAGUUGAUGAGAAUUUGUGGAAGAAUCGAGAACAGAUUGAAGAAAUACUUUUCCUAUCGGAAAGCUCCAACUGGCCACCAGUGCUCAAAUCGCAGUCAACCGCUGAAGAUGCUGAACUUGUGUCUCUUCUUGGACGGCUUGGGGAAAAAUUUCGAAAUACAUUGAAGGUUUUGGAGACUUUCCAAUCAAGGAAUUCCGAGUUUGUAUUCAACACUGUGAUGACGUACAUGCCACAAGACUUCCGCGGCACUCUUAUUAGGCAGCAGAGGGAGCGUUCUGAGAGAAAUAAGCAGGCUGAAGUUGAUGCUCUAAUCAACUCUGGUGGAAGUAUUCGUGAUCGAUAUGCUCUACUAUGGAAUCAACAAAUGGAACGGAGGCGGCAACUGGCUCAACUGGGUUCUGCUACAGGUGUCUAUAAGACACUGGUGAAGUAUUUAGUUGGAGUGCCACAAGUUCUGUUGGAUUUUGUUCGGAAAAUAAAUGAUGAUGAUGGGCCAAUGGAAGAGCAGAGACAACGUUAUGGUCCACCUUUGUACAGUCUCACGAAAAUGGUGCUCAACAUUCGUCUUUUUCUUUCUUUACUAUGGCGACGUUUUGAAGCUAGAAAACUAUCAAAGGAUCAAAUGGCGGUCUUGGAAGAAGCAGUAGAUGUCUACACAUCUGAGUUCCAAAGAUUCAUCAAAUUCAUUGGUGACGUAUUUGCGAAUUCCCCUUUCUUUAUUACUGCGGAAGAAGCUGGUGCAUUAGAUGCCAGAAAAAGUGACGAAUACAAGGAAGUGAGUGUUCCAGCAGGAAAAACUCAUGAGGUUUCAUUGACGGUGGACGCCAUAAAUUCAUACAUUGCUUGGGAUUUCGCUUUGGUUCAAGGCAGAGUGGAUAUGGACAUUGGCUUUAGCAUGGAGUUUACGAAUCUUUCCGGACAGAAGACGCAAAUCUUACCUUAUCGACGAUAUGAUGCUGACCAAGGAAACUUUUGUACGGUUCUAGCUGGACACUACAAACUCAUAUGGGAUAAUUCUUAUUCUACAUUUUUCAAGAAGGUCCUGCGGUAUAAGGUGGAUUGUAUACCUCCUGUUGUAGAGCCAGCGCUUUCAUCUGAUCAAGUAGAUGAGUGAAAGUAUUCAUUCAGAUUUUUUAUUGCUGCCAAUUGCUUAUGAAGAUAUUAUGUCUCAUUUGUUUGUAUACAAAGGCAUUUCCUUGUUUGUACUGCUUGAAUUAUACCAGAUUAAUCCACCCUCUGCUGCUUAGUCCCGAUCUCAUGCUGUAACCACCUGUUGUAUUGAUUGAUGCCCAUAUCAAGAUAAAGUCUCAGCAGUAAUGACUUUCAUUAUGCUUCUAAUGUUGACAUUAUUUGGAUAUUUA